AUGGUCUCAAUCACAAGACUCCCCUCACUUCUCCCGGACGAGCCAAAAGACCAUCACGUCGGCAACCCGCCUCACGCCUUCCACAACCCGUGGCCCUCAUUCAACCCCAGCCACCACAGUCUGGGGAAUAUCGUUAGAGUUCGCUUUGGGCGAGAUCGACCACCGUUUGUCCCAGUUCCCACUGACCGCUCCGAGCUGGUCCCUGUGCAGAAGGUCGACUUUGCCAUUCCUCAUCCGGGCCCGAAAGUGACGUGGAUCGGCCAUGCCAGUUUCUUGCUACAGACGUUCAAGGAGGAGUCCGCUCCACGAGGCAUCAACAUCCUCUGCGACCCGGUCUUUUCAGAGAGAACAUCGCCCUUCACAUGGUUUGGACCGAAGCGAUAUACACCCACCCCGUGUACGUUGGAGGAGCUGCUUGACGCCGUCGAGAUAGACCUCGUCGUCAUCAGCCACAACCAUUACGAUCACGCCGAUGCCGAGACUUUGAAGGCGGUCUGGGCUAGAAGGAGAUCAAAAGUUCAUUUUCUCGUGGGCCUGCAUAAUUCGCGCUGGCUGACUCCCAUGGGAAUCGACCACUCGUCCAUCACUGAGCUGGACUGGUGGGAGGGGGUCGAGAUCGACGUCGAGGGUGUCGGCAAGGCUCGCAUCACAUGUACACCCACACAGCACUUCUCACGACGCAGUCUAUUGGACGCCAACCACGACCUGUGGUGUUCGUACGCUAUCCAGGACCUGCAAGGGUCUGGCAAAAAGAUUUACUUUGCUGGAGAUACCGCCUAUCGAUCGAUUCAUUCCAUGAACAUGUCCCGAGAAGAAGAAGACGCGCAGCCUGUGUGUCCAGCUUUCAAGCAGAUUGGCGACCUAUUGGGACCGUUCGACCUCUCUCUCUUGCCAAUUGGGCUAUGUGAGCCGAGGAACUUUAUGUCCAACGUCCAUGCCAACUCAUGGGACUCUAUUCGCAUACACCAAGACGUGAAAAGCAGGAGAUCGAUUGGGAUGCAUUGGGGGACCGUCCGUGGCGGUUUGUCUCAGUAUUACGAAGAUGUCCGCACCCCGGUGAAGCACUGGAGGAUGGCUGCCGAAGAGGCGGGCUUGAAAUGGGGAGAAGAGAUUGGUGUUUUAGACAUUGGGGAGACGUUGACAUUGGACUGA